UCCGUGUGACUGAGCGGGCCACGCAGUCCGACAGCGACACCCUGUCGGGCGGGAGCGCUGUGUCGAGACGGGUGCCGCGGAGCGUUCGCAGGGACGCUACGACAUCAGCUCACUGCACAGCGGGUUCAUCGGCGGAGCACCUGUGCCCUUCCACCUCAUGGAGGCAAUGAUGAGCGAAAUGAACAUGACUGGAUCGAUUGUUGGAUACGGUCUAACUGAAACCGGUCCCAUUCUGACCCUCAGCUAUCCCUCUGACGAUGUUGAGCAUCGCUGCGGCACCGUGGGCUACCCUCUUGACCACACUGAGCUGAAGGUGGUGGACGAACACGGCAGGACGCUUCCCGUCGGCACCGCCGGAGAGCUCUGUAUGCGGGGAUACAACCUCUUCCUCGGAUACUGGGACGACGAAGAGAAGACGGCGGAGUGUCUGACUCCCUCGGGAUGGUUCCACACCGGCGAUGUGGCUGUGAUGAACGAAGACGGCUACGUCAAGAUCGUCGGACGUGCCAAGGACAUGGUGAUUCGCGGAGGAGAGAACAUCUACCCGACUGAGGUGGAGGACUUCUUGAUGACCCAUCCAGACGUCUUGGAAGCAUCAGCGUUUGGAGUUCCCGAUGAGAGGAUGGGAGAGGAGCUGGCGGUUUGGAUCAGAACUCGAGAGCACUGCUGUCUUUCGGAGCAUGAUAUCAGGAGUUUCUGCAAGGGAAGGAUCGCACAUCACAAGAUCCCGUGUUAUAUACAGUUCAGGGAUGACUUUCCCAAGACGGUGACGGGCAAAAUUCAGAAGUUUGCCAUGCGCGAGAUCAUGACAAUGGAACUGGGAUCUGAAAAGUGAAACGGCUUUUGUGGAUUUUACCUUGUAUCGUCCGAACUCAGGUGAAGCAAACUCUGCAUUGUCAUAUGUGUUGAAACGUUUAUCAUUCUGCCAGUGUUACACCCCUUUUCAAUGUUUGAUAAAAUGUUUGGAAACAAGUUUCGAACGUUUUAUACACUGAAUGUA